AUGACAGAUCUACUUUUCCAGAAGGUCCCUGCUCUCCCUCGUGGCGCGCAAACACCACAAGCAAUUAUCUUGCGAGACAACUACGCAUAUGACGAUACCGCAAGCCAUGUUCCCCCAUCACUACAACGCCGCAUUCCUGUCGCAAUGAAGCAACAAGGAAAAUUGCACCUCUACAAGAAUGAAGAAGGGUUCCUCUAUGCUAAAAGCCCUACUAGAGGAUGGGGAUCGACUUUCUUUAUCCGGAAUGGGGUUCACUUACAUGUCAUACUACCCCUGAGUUACUUGAACAUUGGGAAGAAUUUCCGUCCCUUAUCGGAGAAGCAAAACGAUCUGUUUCCGCCCGUUGUUAUGUCCGGCAAUGAAUGUCGCCUGCAGCCUGGAACAACAAAGCUCAAGAGAUUCAUUAGAACUUUCUGGGAUACCAUUCGCCAAGAUCCAAACACCUUGAAGGGUUUCAAACUCAGCGAUAAACGAUAUUCAGAUAUCUUCUCUGAGCCGAACUACAAGUCCAACGUGGAAAGUGUUAUUGACGGCCUUGUUUCCGAAGCAAAGCGAUUCCUCCGAGAUGGCGAUUUUGGUCUGCAAGAUCUUCUUGGACUCCCAGAUGCUACCGCUCAAUCAACUAUUGGCCAAGCAAUUUACCUUCGUGUGUAUCUCCACCUGGAUACAACUGAUGAAGUCGGUCUCUAUAUUGGUCAAAGCACUCGAGUCAAGGCGAGGGUUCAAGACCAUGAGAAGACUAUCAAGUCAAUGGGAGGAUACUCCCCUCACUACAGCAUCGCACGCAAAUCCCGUCCCGAUGAUCGACAAACCUUUCUGCUUUGUUUCUGGACACUUGAUAAUAAAGUUAGUCCAGCUGUAAUGGACAUGGCAGAACAAACAAUGAUCUCGAUGUUCGAUACCUACCACACAUGGAUUGCAAGCUCUUCCUCAAACUUCGCCUACAAGCCAGAAUACCUAGCCAUGCAUAACCAAUGCAAGUAUUUGCAGUCAGUUACAAAGAAGACACGAGAUAUCACAGGAUGGCAACAUCACCUUGAUGCCAAUAUCCAUGGCUGUAAUGUCACGAAUCCGCUAUGGUUCUAUUACUCUCUCAAGACUAUCAAUUGUUUCAAAAUGUCUAAUCUUGAUCCCACGGUCCGCACGUACACGACAUACAGGAUGGCUUGCAAGUUCAACAAAGGGCGUGGCAACCGACACUCAACGUGUUUCUGGUACCAUGAUCAAGAUGGAAAGUCCUAUUGUAUUGCUUUUGGCUUUCCCAAAGAAUCUUUCCAGCGCUUCUCUCCACAGUCUGGACACAUAGUCUUUGAGAUCAUGGAUGAUUACCGCCCACAUCCAGAUGCCUGGUUUGGUUGUCCAAGUGUCGGGAGGUUUGAGAACUUUGAGCUGCCAUCUUCCUUGGGAAUUCGCAUUGAGUGGUUUGACGAGACCUCACACAAAUGGCUAACGGUACCAAUCACCCAGACCUCUGGGAAGAUAGACCCCAUACUGAGAUGGACCAAAGCCCUUACUAUCAUCCAACUUCUAGAAGGUAUCACCUGGACAGGUCCACUGAAUGGUCUUCAAAACUCCAUAGACUUUGGCGGCAUGCAAGUGGCAGUACUCAAGAUAGACCAUUUACAGCAAAGGUGCCAAUGGCUUCCACGUCAGAGAAAGAUUCUCCAAGCUCCUGUUGAAGCAUCUUGGGAUCAAAACUUCAAAUGGAUGACGAAAGAAUUCGGCAAAGGCGCGACGGUCAUCUGUAGCGAACCACCUGCUCGUGGUGAUGACUUUUGGAAAACCUCAGCAAAUGAAAAUCCUAACACUCGCAACAAGAUGCGAUGUGAUUUCUGCAACUAUAGUACACCGCACCAAUGGAACCGCACCCCAUGCGAAAGAGAUCCAGAGCGCACUGACAUAUGGGUAUGCAAACGGUGUUCCGAGAUGAACCGUCCAUGUACAUUCACACCUAUAACUACAUCGAAGGAACUUUGGGGCGUUGAUAAGCCUUUCCUCAAUCACGGUGGCUGGUCGAAGUAUCCAACUGGACCGCAUCGCAAACUUGCAUUUCACCAAGCUAUCCCACUUGAGAAGCAGAUCACGCCUACUGCCAUACCAGAGCCAUUCAGCGUGACACCAGAAACAACCGCGUUAGAAAUAGAGCGCGAUGAGGAGGCCGGAUUGAGCUAUGAGGUUCAGGACAUUGAUGAUGAUGAUGAUGAUGAUGAUGAGUAG